CCGCCCACCAGGACGGCCGAUCUCCGAGUCCCGCGCUGAGCGGGGACCCCGACCUGCAGCCGGAGGCGCCGAGGACCCGAGGACGCUCAGGUUUUACAGACGCUAGAGUGCCAAAGAAGACCUUUGAAGUGUGAAAAGAUUUCCUGUAAUUGAAACCAAAAUGUCAUUUAUAGAUCCUUAUCAGCACAUUAUAGUGGAGCACCAGUAUUCCCACAAGUUUACGGUGGUGGUGUUACGUGCAACGAAAGUGACAAAGGGGGCCUUUGGUGACAUGCUUGAUACUCCAGAUCCCUAUGUGGAACUUUUUAUCUCUACAACCCCUGACAGCAGGAAGAGAACAAGACACUUCAAUAAUGACGUAAACCCUGUGUGGAAUGAGACCUUUGAAUUUAUUUUGGAUCCUAAUCAGGAAAAUGUUUUGGAGAUUACGUUAAUGGAUGCCAAUUACGUCAUGGAUGAAACUCUAGGGACAGCAACAUUUCCUGUAUCUUCUAUGAAGGUGGGAGAGAAGAAAGAAGUUCCUUUUAUUUUCAACCAAGUCACUGAAAUGAUUCUAGAAAUGUCUCUUGAAGUUUGCUCAUGCCCAGACCUACGAUUUAGUAUGGCUCUGUGUGAUCAGGAGAAGACUUUCAGACAACAGAGGAAAGAACACAUAAGAGAAAGCAUGAAGAAACUGUUGGGUCCAAAGAAUAGUGAAGGAUUGCAUUCUGCACGUGAUGUGCCUGUGGUAGCCAUACUGGGUUCAGGUGGGGGUUUCCGAGCCAUGGUGGGAUUCUCUGGUGUGAUGAAGGCAUUGUACGAAUCAGGAAUUCUGGAUUGUGCUACCUACGUUGCUGGUCUGUCUGGCUCCACAUGGUACAUGUCAACCUUGUAUUCUCACCCCGAUUUUCCAGAGAAAGGGCCAGAGGACAUUAAUGAAGAACUAAUGAAAAAUGUUAGCCACAACCCCCUUUUACUUCUCACACCACAGAAAGUUAAGAGAUACGUUGAGUCUUUAUGGAAGAAGAAAAGCUCUGGACAGCCUGUCACUUUUACUGAUAUCUUUGGGAUGCUAAUAGGAGAAACACUGAUUCAUAAUAGGAUGAAUACUACCCUGAGUAGUUUGAAGGAAAAAGUCAAUACUGCACAGUGCCCUUUACCUCUUUUCACCUGUCUUCAUGUCAAACCCGACGUUUCAGAGCUGAUGUUUGCAGAUUGGGUUGAAUUUAGUCCAUACGAAAUUGGCAUGGCUAAAUAUGGUACUUUCAUGGCUCCUGACUUAUUUGGAAGCAAAUUUUUUAUGGGAACAGUUGUUAAGAAGUAUGAAGAAAACCCUUUGCAUUUCUUAAUGGGUGUCUGGGGCAGUGCAUUUUCCAUAUUGUUCAACAGAGUUUUGGGCGUUUCUGGUUCACAAAGUAGAGGCUCCACAAUGGAGGAAGAAUUAGAAAAUAUUACAACAAAGCAUAUUGUGAGUAAUGAUAGUUCGGACAGUGACGAUGAAUCACACGAACCCAAAGGCACUGAAAAUGAAGAUGCUGGAAGGGACUAUCACAGUGAUAAUCAAGCAAGUUGGAUUCAUCGUAUGAUAAUGGCCUUGGUGAGUGAUUCAGCUUUAUUCAAUACCAGAGAAGGACGUGCUGGGAAGGUGCACAACUUCAUGCUGGGCUUGAAUCUCAAUACAUCUUAUCCACUGUCUCCUUUGAGUGACUUUGCCACACAGGAAUCCUUUGAUGAUGAUGAACUGGAUGCAGCUGUGGCAGAUCCUGAUGAAUUUGAGCGAAUAUAUGAGCCCCUGGAUGUCAAAAGUAAAAAGAUUCAUGUAGUGGACAGCGGGCUCACAUUUAACCUGCCGUAUCCCUUGAUACUGAGACCUCAGAGAGGGGUUGAUCUCAUUAUCUCCUUUGACUUUUCUGCAAGGCCGAGUGAUUCCAGUCCCCCGUUCAAGGAACUUCUACUUGCAGAAAAGUGGGCUAAAAUGAACAAGCUCCCGUUUCCAAAGAUCGAUCCUUACGUGUUUGAUCGGGAAGGGCUGAAGGAGUGCUAUGUCUUUAAACCAAAGAAUCCUGACAUGGAGAAAGAUUGUCCAACUAUCAUCCACUUUGUGCUGGCCAACAUCAACUUCAGAAAGUACAAGUCUCCAGGUGUUCCAAGGGAAACUGAGGAAGAGAAAGAAAUUGCUGACUUUGAUAUUUUUGAUGACCCAGAAUCACCAUUUUCAACCUUCAAUUUUCAAUAUCCAAAUCAAGCAUUCAGAAGACUACAUGAUCUCAUGCAUUUCAAUACUCUAAACAACAUUGAUGUCAUCAAGGAAGCCAUGGUCGAAAGCAUUGAGUACAGAAGACAGAAUCCGUCUCGUUGCUCUGUUUCCCUUAGUAAUGUUGAGGCAAGGAGAUUUUUCAACAAGGAGUUUCUAAGUAAACCCAAAGCAUAGUUCGUGUGCUGGAAAGGGCAGCAGUUUCUGAUGCUGAGGCAGUUUGCAAUUCCGUGACAACUGGAUUUAAUAAAAGUACAGUACAGAUAGUUGUACUGCUCAUGAGAGACUGGCUGACACUCAGAGUCGCAGUGACUUAGCUGCAUGAGAAUACUACUAUUAUAAGGUCGUUAGGUUGACAAACAAUGUUGAUUAUGUAAGGAUAUACUUAGCUACAUUUUCAGUCAGUAUGAAUUUCCUGAUACAAAUGUAGGGACAUAUACUGUCUUUUUAAACAUUUCUCACCAACUUGCUUACAUGUGUUCUUUUUAAAAAUGUUUUUUUCUUUUAAAAUAUUUAACCGCUCGAUAUCAGUAAGACUUCCCAUUAUGUGUGAAUGAUAUUCACUGACUAGACUUAUUCAUCCCAUGAGACAACACUAUUUUUAUUUAUAUAUGCAUAUAUAGACAUAUGAAAUAAAUACAUCAAU